UCUGCUGGAAGUGCUCCUCGGAGUUGGCUGUGAAGCGCUCCUUGGCUUCGGCCUGCUUCGAGCCGUACCACUCAGAACUCUGAACGCAAAGUUAGUGGCAAAGGGGAGGUCUUCUAAGGCCUCUUUAGUGAAACCACCCCAGGAAAGAAGUACGGCCUCGGAGAGCCACCUUAAGAAAAUGUGCCUCAAUCGGGCUGAGUAGAAGGACGCUACGUGGAGGUGGGACGGAGGUUAAGCACGCCAGGAAGCACGUGAGGCCUCCAAAUAGGGGGCGGGGCCCUCGGGAGGCGUGACUUCCGAGGAUUUGUGCGGCGGUCGCCCCCCUGCGCAUGCGCAAAGCGGGUCUACUUCCAUGCGACGCCGUUCUCCGACAUGGAUUUCCGUUCCGCUCGGCUAGCAGUGCUGCAGCUGCUGGGUGCGCUGGCGCCGACCGCCCGCCCAGCGCUGCUCCAGUGGAUGCGAACGACCCGAGAUUUUGAUGAAUUCACUCAAGAUAAUAAUGAUAUUAUGUUGAAAAGCAUAGCAGAAGAACUUCGGAAUUAUUUACCUCUCGAAACUAUGCUUCCUUCAGAACAUCUAGCCCUGCAAAAAAUAAAGCAACACCCAGAACCCACAGUUCACGUUGAUGCAUUCCUUUAUGAUGAAGACUUUAUUGAUUCAUUAUGUGAAGAAGGGAAAAUGAGCAGAAACUACUGUAUGGUGUGUGGCUCACAGCAGACUGCACCUCUAGGAUUUAUUUCUCAUUCCUUCUCCCUCAUGGAAUUGAAGUUCAUUUAUCAUCAUGUCCUCCCGGAUCUCUCGGGAAAGAUCUUGGUUGAUGUUGGCUCCAGGCUCGGCACAGUCCUUUAUGGGGGUUAUCUUUAUAGUUCAGCAUUGCAACUAUAUGGAGUAGAGAUGAAUGAAGACUUUUGCCAGUUGCAGGAAAUGGUCAUAAAAAAAUAUCAGUUCACUGAUAGAAUAAAGGUGCUUCAUGCAGACAUCUGUACCCAAGGUUCACUUCUGCAAAAUGCUGAUGUUAUCAUAAUGAAUAAUGUCUUUGAAUAUUUCCUUAAUGAGGCAGACCAGGCCAGAGCCUGGGAAUAUAUCAACCAUAACAUAAGGAAACAAGGAUCUUUAUUAGUAACAGUACCAAGUCUUGAAGAGUCUCUCUCAGGUCUUCAGACUAACAUACAGUUAUCUACUUGGAUUGAAGAGGUACCUCUGAACUAUGAUGUAUACCCAGAAAAGGAUAUGGACAGAGAAGCUCUUGAACAGAUUCAUUUGUAUAAGAUUCUAUAACACUAAAAUAAUGUUUUGCCUUGAUCUAAUGUUUUAUUAAACAAACUAUAAAGUAAUGAAAAGUAAAAUAUUACCCAAUACCCGAA